AUGAAACAGCUAACAGCAAAUGAGGUGCGCUCCACUUUUAUCGAAUAUUUUAAACAGAAGAGAGCACAUACUUACAUGCAUUCAUCGUCUGUAAUUCCACAUGAUGAUCCUACUCUACUCUUCGCUAAUGCAGGAAUGAAUCAGUUCAAGCCACUUUUCCUUGGUGUUGCUGAUCCCAACAGCGAUUUAGCGAAGUUGAAGCGAGCAGUAAAUACUCAAAAGUGUAUUCGUGCAGGAGGAAAGCACAAUGAUUUGGAUGAUGUUGGGAAGGAUGUGUAUCAUCAUACAUUCUUCGAAAUGCUUGGAAACUGGUCUUUUGGAGAUUAUUUCAAGAAAGAAAUAAUUACUUGGGCGUGGGAGCUUCUCACAGAAGUGUAUGGUAUUCCGGCUGAUCGCCUUUACGUGUCCUAUUUCGGGGGAGACGAUAGCGCUGGAGUUCCAGCUGAUGAGGAAGCUAAAAGUAUUUGGUUGAGCCUUGGAAUGCCUGAAAAUCGCAUUUUGCCCUUUGGGAUGAAAGACAACUUUUGGGAGAUGGGUGAUGUAGGGCCAUGCGGUCCUUGUUCAGAAAUUCAUUACGAUAGAGUAGGAGGUCGCGAUGCUAGUCAUCUCGUGAACGCAGACGAUCCGAUGGUGGUUGAGAUUUGGAAUCUUGUUUUCAUCCAGUUCAACAGGGAGGAAAGCGGUGUUUUGAGGCCACUACCUGCAAAACAUAUUGAUUGUGGUCUUGGACUGGAACGUUUGAUCGCAGUUAUCCAAAAUAAGACCUCCAACUAUGACACUGAUGUUUUCCAGCCUAUCUUCAAGGCUAUACAGGAGGGCACCGGCGUUCGCGAGUAUACUGGAAAUGUUGGUGCCGAUGAUACCGAUGGUGUAGACAUGGCUUAUAGGGUAGUAGCGGAUCAUAUUAGGACUCUCACAAUAGCUCUCGCCGAUGGUGGUCGUCCUGACAAUACUGGCCGAGGUUACGUGUUGCGUCGCGUUCUUCGAAGAGGAGUUCGCUACGCGACCGAGAAGCUUAAUGCUCAACCAGAAUUCUUUGCUUCUCUUGUGCCUGUUGUCAUCAACAUCUUGGGUGACACAUUCCCUGAGCUUCGGCGUGAUCCUGAAACAAUUCAAGAUAUCAUAAACGACGAGGAGAAACAAUUCUUGAAGACUCUGAAUCGUGGUCGUGUCCUCUUCCAACGUGCGGUUGCUGGGUUGACUGCAGAUCAGAAGACAUUCCCUGGUGAUGUUGCUUGGCGAUUGUACGACACGUAUGGAUUUCCUGCCGAUCUGACACAGUUGAUGGCUGAAGAAAAAGGCCUCACUAUAGAUCAAGUUGUCUUCGAAAAGUGCAAGAAGAAGGCUGUCGAGAUGUCCGCUGCUGGAGCCGGCAAAUUCCGCGAUACUCUUGACCUUGACGUCCAUGCUCUUGCUGAACUUCAAAAGCGUGGUAUCCUUCCGACAGAUGAUUCGUCCAAAUACAAUUACCAUGCUGACGGGGCUACCGAUGGAUCCGCAAAAUACAAGUUUUCAUAUUGUACUGGUAAAAUCCUUGCGAUCCGAAGCGAAGGAAAGUUUGUUGAUUCAAUUGGUUCUGGUGUCGAAGGUGCUAUUUUACUUGAUAAGACAAAUUUCUAUGCAGAACAGGGAGGACAAAUAUAUGACACCGGUGUUUUAUGCAAGGUUGACGAGGAGGGAAGCGAGUUUGUAGUUUCAAAUUGUCAAGUCAGAGGAGGUUAUAUUGUUCUCGUGGGUUCGGCAAAUGGAAACCUCUCGGUAGGAGACAAUGUAAUUCAGAAUUUCGACGAGGACCGACGAUCUUUAAUAAUGAAGAACCAUACCGGAACUCAUGUUCUAAACCAUGCUCUCCGAUGUGUGCUUGCUGAUUCAGAUCAGAAGGGUUCGCUCGUUGCACCUGAUCGGCUCAGAUUCGACUUCACUAAUAAACAAGCAAUGACCGUUAAGCAGGUGAAAGAAACCGAAGUGAUCGCCCAAGCUAUAAUUAACACCCGUCAACCUGUUUAUGCAAGGGAAGCUCCUCUUGCGCAAGCACGUGAGAUCAGCGGUCUCAGAGCGAUGUUUGAUGAGAACUAUCCAGACCCAGUACGAGUUGUCUCCGUCGGUGUUCCCGUUGAACAACUUUUGAAUGAUCCCAAGAGCGGAGCUGGUCUCAAGACAACUGUAGAGUUCUGCGGAGGAACUCAUCUUCACAAUGUGGGUCAUAUCGGCAGUCUAGUGAUUUCUUCCGAAGAGGCAAUUGCCAAAGGAAUUCGGAGAAUUGUUGCGUUAACUGGGCCUGAAGCUGAGAGAGCUAUUAAUCGUGCCGAUCGACUUGCGUCAAGAGCAAAGGCUCUUUGUGAUGAAAUAUGUGCUGAUAAAGGUAUUGCUUUGGAUUCGGAAAAAUUCAAAGCUACUGCUAAAAGAAUUCAAGAGCUUAUUGAUGAGAUCAACGGAGCACAGUUGCCUUACUGGCGCAAAGAUGCUAUGCGCGAACAAUGCAAAACUGCGCAAAAGACUUUAGACGGUUACAAGAAAUUAGCAGAUGCUGCUGUAGCAGAAAAAGUGCUGUCCGAAGCAAAAGAGCUCGCUCAAAAUGAUCAAAAAGAAGUGAUUGUCCAUGUUUUUUCUGCCGGUGCAAGUAGUAAGGUACUCGAUAAUGCGUUGAAACAGCUCAAAACUACAAAGGCUGUGAUGGGAUUCUCCGUUAACGAAGAGAGUGGAAAAGUGUUAGUACUAGCAAAAGUUGACAAAUCCCUUGUGGAAAUUGGUUUAAAAGCUAAUCUCUGGGUAAACGAGGUUUGCACUAUUCUCGGUGGUCGAGGAGGAGGAAAGGACGCCAACGCUCAGGCAACUGGCGAGAACAUCAAUCGAAAAGGCGAGGUCACGAAGCAAAAGUCUUGGAGGACUUGCAAUGAUGCCCCCACUGUUACGAGCAAUCUGCGACCGGCGAUCUCUCCAUAUAUUCAGUUUAUCGACAGGGUGGAGUGCAGUGGAAUCCAAUGUGCCGUUAUCCUGCUACAUAUCGCAAAGACUCAUGGAAAACUACCUGGAGACUUUUUUACUUUAGAUCUUUCACAUGAUCGAUUUCGCACCGCUGAGUCCUUUGCUCCUAAAACUACAUCCAGAGGAGCGUUGCCACAAAUCCAUCCAUUUACCGACUCUUCCAUCUGCCUUGUACAAAAUAAGCCAAUUAAAAAGUAUUGUGAUGGAGCAGUCGCUAGGAAGCUCCGCUUCGGCUACAGUCGAUCGAAGGUUCGAUUCCGGCCUAGUGCAAACCAGGCCUUUCAUCCUUCCGGGGUCCAUAAAUUGGUACCAGACUUGUCUGGGAGGACAGAAACACUGACUUGA